AUGUUCGAAGGCAAUCAGACUCGUUCUCUGCAGUUUGCGGUUAUUCUCUCCUUGGCGUUCGCCAGUUGCCUUGGAUUAUCCAACUUCACAAGCUGCGGCCAUAAAUGCGGAGGAGGCGACUGCAUUCAACUGGAUCAUCUGUGUGACGGCACUGCCAACUGCUUGGAUGCCUCCGAUGAGACCGCCGCCAUGUGUAAGAAUGUCUGGUGUCCAGGAUACAGUUUCCGCUGCAACUACGGCGCAUGCAUAGCUAGUACAGCGGUUUGCGAUGGUGUACGGGACUGUGUGGACGGAUCGGAUGAGGAGGGAUGGCUCUGUAGAGCCCAGAUGCAGCAGGCCAACUGCGACAAUUGGGAGAUGUAUUGCUCCUCCGGCCAGUGCAUGCCCUACUCAAAGCUUUGCAAUGGGAUCAAGGACUGCAGGGAUGGAGAUGAUGAACUAGAGUCGCUUUGCGAAGGCGUCCCUAUUCCAACUACUAUUGUCAGAUCCACAACAAUGACCACGGGAAUAGAUAGUUUUAGAAUAACCACAGCAAAGACGAUGAAAGGGCAAUCUCAACCGCAUCCCAUUCAACGGAAUGGGGACUGCGUGAUUCCCCAGUUGUCAAAUGUCAUAGUUAAGCAUGUCAGUGAUGUCAUUCUAACUGCAGGAUCCAGAGUGGCUAAUGGAACUCGUAUCUACUACGACUGUCAGGCUGAACAUUCUCUGAAAGGAGAGAAAGAUAACUUUUGCCAAGACUCAUUGUGGGUUAAAAAGUUUCCCUACUGCGAAACACCCGAUGCCUUUAUCUUUAGCCUGGUUAUAUCAAUAUUCUCGUUCCUUAUCCUUGUGUUGAUAUUCUUAAUUUGGCGGGUUCGUCGGGAAAAUGGGGAAAGAAGACAACGGGAGGAGCACAUUUGGCUGGUGGAGACCAGCAGGAGUCACCCCCAGCAAUCUGACAUUCCAAAAGUCUGAGGAUAAUGUACUAGAUAAUGUAUUUAUGGCGGAAAAAUGGGCGUUCACACUUUUCCCUCGAGUGCGCCAAUAUUGCUCCAGUGCUCCAAAGC